AUGACAAGAAUUUUGACAGCUUGCAAAGUAGCGAAGACUUUGAAGAGCAGAUUGGAGUUUUGCAACGCGUCUGCUGACCACUGGAGUUUCUCAAGGACCGGUACCAGGUUGUUGAGCAUCAAGACGCAGACAGCGCACUUGGUGCUGGAAGAUGGGACGAAGAUGAAGGGCUAUUCUUUUGGCUAUCCAUCCUCCACAGCAGGGGAAGUCAUAUUCAACACUGGUCUUUCUGGGUACACCGAGGCCUUGACAGAUCCCAGCUACAAAGGACAGAUUCUUACACUGGCUAACCCCGUAGUUGGGAAUGGGGGAGUGCCUGACACGGCUGCUUUGGACGAAGUGGGCCUCAGGAGGUUUCUGGAGUCUGAUGGGAUCAAGGUUUCAGGUCUGCUGGUGCUGGAUUACAGCAAGGAGUACAGCCACUGGCAGGCUGCUAGGAGCCUGGGAGAGUGGCUGCAGGAAGAAAAGGUGCCUGCACUGUAUGGGAUUGAUACCCGAAUGCUCUCCAAAUUAAUUCGUGACAAGGGCACGCUACUUGGGAAGAUUGAAUUUGAAGGUCAACCCAUGGAGUUUGCAGACCCGAAUAAGCAAAACUUAAUUGCAGAGGUUUCAACAAAGGAAGUCAAGGUUUACGGCAGAGGGAAUCCACUUAAAGUUGUAGCUGUCGACUGUGGGGUGAAGCACAACGUUAUCCGUCUGCUGGUGAAGCGAGGUGCAGAGGUGCAUUUGGUUCCAUGGGACCAUGAUUUCACCAGCAUGGAAUAUGAUGGGCUUAUAAUUGCCGGAGGUCCAGGGGAUCCCAUGAAGGCCCAGGAGGUGAUUCAGAAUGUCAGAAAGGUCCUGGAGAACAAUCGCCCAGAGCCCUUGUUUGGGAUUAGCAUGGGGAAUCUAAUCACUGGAAUAGCAGCUGGAGCUACUUCCUACAAGAUGCAGAUGGCUAACAGAGGACAGAACCAGCCUGUGCUGAAUGCAGUGAACGGCCAGGCUGUCAUCACUGCUCAGAACCACGGUUAUGCCAUCGACAGCUACCCUCCCGCCCUUUUUUCGCUCUUUGUGAAUGCCAACGAUCAAACGAAUGAGGGCAUCAUGCAUGAGACCAGACCAAUUUUCACGGCACAGUUCUACCCAGAUGCAAGUCCUGGGCCGAGAGACACAGAGUUCCUGUUUGAUUCAUUCAUUUCGCUGGUUAAGAGAGGGAAAGGCACGACCAUUUCCUCGGUCCUGCCCAAGGCUGGAGCGACAGCUUCCAGGGUGGAGGUCUCCAAAGUUCUCAUUCUAGGAUCUGGGGGUCUGUCGAUUGGUCAGGCAGGGGAAUUUGAUUACUCUGGAUCCCAGGCUGUGAAAGCCAUGAAGGAAGAAAAUGUGAAAACUGUCCUAAUGAAUCCCAAUAUUGCUUCGGUGCAGACCAAUGAGACUGGCUUAAAGCAGGCUGACGCUGUCUACUUCCUCCCCAUCACGCCGCAGUUUGUCAGAGAGGUCAUCAAGGCGGAGCGUCCCGAUGGGCUAAUUCUGGGCAUGGGUGGCCAGACCGCUCUCAACUGCGGAGUGGAACUCUUCAAGCAAGGAGUCCUGCAGGAGUAUGGUGUGAAGGUCCUAGGUACAUCAGUUGAAUCCAUCAUGGCUACAGAGGAUAGAAAGCUUUUUUCUGAUAAACUGACUGAGCUAAAUGAAAAGAUUGCUCCUAGCUUUGCAGUGGAAUCGGUUGAAGAUGCUCUGAAGGCAGCUGAAAAGAUCAGCUACCCAGUCAUGAUACGUUCUGCUUAUGCCCUUGGUGGUCUGGGGUCAGGCAUAUGUCCUGACAAGGAGAGUUUGCUGGACCUUGGUACCAAGGCGUUUGCAAUGACUAACCAAAUUCUGGUAGAAAAGUCAGUUGUUGGCUGGAAGGAGAUAGAGUACGAAGUUGUGAGAGAUGCUGCUGAUAACUGCAUUGCUGUCUGCAACAUGGAAAACAUUGAUGCUAUGGGAAUCCACACAGGGGAUUCUAUUGUAGUGGCUCCAAGCCAGACACUCACUAAUGAGGAAUUUCAGAUGCUGAGGGAUCGUGCCAUCAAAGUUGUCCGACAUCUGGGCAUAGUGGGAGAGUGUAAUAUCCAGUUUGCUCUGCAUCCAACUUCCCUGGAGUACUACGUCAUUGAAGUUAAUGCCAGACUUUCGAGAAGUUCAGCUUUGGCCUCCAAGGCGACGGGGGAUCCAUUAGCAUUCAUUGCUGCCAAAAUUGCCUUGGGGAUCCCCUUGCCAGAAAUCAAGAAUGUGGUGACAGGAAAAACCUCUGCCUGCUUUGAGCCCAGCCUGGAUUACGUUGUUACCAAGAUACCCCGCUGGGAUAUGGACCGUUUUCAGCAUAUGUCCAACCGGAUUGGAAGCUCCAUGAAGAGUGUGGGAGAGGUCAUGGCUAUUGGCCGCACUUUUGAAGAGAGCUUCCAAAAGGCCCUGAGAAUGUGCCACCCAUCUGUAGAUGGCUUCACGUCACAUCUGCCCAUGAAUAAAGCCUGGCCAGCCAACGUAGACCUCCAGAAGGAGCUCUCCGAGCCAUCCAGCACUCGGAUAUAUGCAAUAGCCAAG